CUAUCGCUGAUUUUUGCGCCGUUUCUGCUUUUGGGGUUUCACAACACCCUGCGGUAUGGUUACGUGUCAUGACUGGGUUGCUCUUCUUUCUCGCCGUCCUUCUUACCAAUGAAGCCGCCCCUCUGGGCAAGUAAUGAUUUGAUGCUUGCCUAGACGAAAGUUUAUGUGGUUGUCCGACAUGCGAUGGUUUUUUCGACCUGUUACACUAUUUUCAAGUUUCUACUGCGGUCUAUUCCCGAGGGGUUAUGCAAGAAUUUCUGUGGAAGCGUUCCCUGUCGGAGUGCUUUUUUUCUUUCUUUUUUCUUCAAUGCGACUUGAGACGACAAGCAAGAUGCCGGAGUUUCUAUGGAAGGGUGGAUGUCUUCUAUUAUUAUUUCCGUUGCAUUUUCACGAACCUUUUCUCGCCUUUCAUGUUGGCCAUGUCGGGGACUUUGCGGUCGGCUUGAUAUUACCAACCCGACCUGUACCACGUCUCUACUGUCCGAGUCAUACACGAUUUGGCAUGACAACUCGAAGAGUCCUUGAGAUACGGCCUAUUUUUAUCUGCAUUCCGCCUGUAACCUUUGUUUUCACCAUUGCGAGCGAUGUCUUUUUUUUCAUUGCACUGUAUGUUUUAUGUCUGUUUUUCUUCCUGUGUCAUGAUUCCUCUUGUUCGAUCUGCACGCAUUGCAUUGUGUUGUCUGUUUUGAUACGAAGGAUAAGCGGGCUCAGACGACAAUCAUCCCACUCUCUGGCGGAUGUCUCAACCCCGAUCGCACCUUACCUGCCACUCUGCUCUAUCCUCUUGUGCCCUGUUUUGAUGAGCUCCCAAUACGAAGAUGAAAUGAACCAUGAACGAUCUGAUCUACGCGCACCAUCCGAACCAAUGUCCACGGCGUCCCUCGAAACGUGACGUGAUUGACUGCUGGUUUUGGUUCGACUGGAUAUGCA